GGAACCAAAUAAUACACUCUUGGCUCUCCUAAUAAAACUAAAAGGAGAUGUUGUAGUCUUCCCGUCGUCACCACCAGAAGCCAUUCUCCCCGUCGAAUAGACAUUCAAGCUUAAAAAUAUGAAACUCAUUAGGUUCAUAAUCGAUGUUCAAUUUCUAGGUUUCUCACUCUUUGGACGCUAACUCCGGUCUUCAUGAUUGAUAUGCUCUCUCCAUCCUACUCUAAUAAUUUAUGGCGAUCUAGGCAAUGUUUCUUCGAGAUAGGCAAUUGAGAGUCUCAAAGCAACGGGCGAGGAAAGUUGUUGGACUGCGCACAAGAUGUCAUCUCGUAGCAAGACUUCUUCUCCUAGUCAAAGCAUGGAGCCAUCUGAUAAUAGGAAAACACCCACGGGUUCACGCCUGACUCCAAUAGCGUGCCGUGUGUGUAAUGAAGUUUUCUUUAACAACGUGAGCCUCAUCCUACACUUUGAGUCUCACGUCAGAGAUGAGGUGUCAAUGGCCAGGUUAGACCUGGCAUUUCUGCAAAGUGGCAGGCAUUCAUCUUUGAAUUCACCACCAUUUUCCUCUUCCGUUGAGCAAACGGGCAACCCUCAUUGUGAACCAGAUGGAACCCUCGUUGAUAUAUCAAAAACACUCCGUCAUCUGACAAGGAUCCACCGUAGGUUUACCCCAUCCGCAUCAUCCUACCCAUUAAUAUAUUCUGAAGCAGGUAUGAGGAGCUUUGGUCCAGCUGGCUCUGAAUCUGUGCUUUUUCCAUUACAGUUUAGGGGGAAGAUUGGGGGACAAGGGCAGCUGUUAGCUUAUAAGAAUCCCCACCUGAAGCAGCUGGAGAAGCCCAUCCCAGAGGUUAUUGUCAUAAGUGAUGAUGAGGAAGAUGAGAACAAGAGUGCUGAGAUAGACCUGACGUUGAAGCUUUGAGGGACUCAUUAAUUACCGUGAUAUGAUAUCAUUGUAUUUCUUGUUUCAGUGCGAGUAAUUGUUUCUUGUCUGAUUGUUCUUCCUAUUAGUGUCAGGUUUAGUGCCAUUUUUUUUAAUGAAUGAGUAUUUCCUAUUUGAAUUUAACUCCCAUUUGGAAUUGAAUGAGGAAAUUCAAAGGUAAUAUUUUUACCUUUUUUUUUGGUUUUAAAAGGAAAAUACGG